AUGAAAAAAAGUAGCAACAAAACAUUAAUAAUAGAUGAUAUUAUCAAUAUCAAAGGAGAAAUAGAUCGUUUACAAAAGAAAUUGGUGGAUGACAAUCCUUCAAAUCAAUUUCAUCGAGGUCAUGUUGAAUAUAAACUACCAGUGUUGAUCAUCACAAAGAUACUUGAGUUAACUUGGAUGCAAGCGACCUCUGACCGCAUCACCCCUAUAUCUUCAUACCGACAAGCAUUACAACUGACAUUAAUCAACAAACAAUUCUUUGGUAUCGUCAGUAAGAUGUUCAAUAAUGUCAGACUUCGUUCAAAAGAAAAAAGUAGAUCUUCACCUUCACUCAUUGGAAAUGAUCUUAAAGAUAGACUUACCAGUGUAUGGUGUCCAAUUAAACAUAUUGUAAAACUACAAGUUGGAAUACUCAUUUUUGAAGAGUUAAUGAAACAAAACUCUGCUCAUCUCACUCAUAUUCUAUCAACUGUUGAAAAAUUGAAUGUUGUGCGUGAAACUAAAAUCGGAAAUAUAAAAGAGAACUGCCUAAAAACUUUUGUAAACAUCGCCACCAAUCUUCGCUCGCUCUGUCUCUAUCGUUUAAAAGUGGAACCUUCACACCUGAUUGUAAUCUGUUCAAUUAAAUCACUUAGAAAGAUAGAUAUUUCCCACACUUUUAGUGACAUACCUGAUUUUAUCACAACCCUAUGCAAUGGUUUACCUUUCUUAGAAUCUAUCAAAUCGGGAUAUUUUCAUGUCACAGAUAUUCCAAAGUCGUGUCGUUCAAGAAUUAAAAAGAUUGGAGUUAAAUUGGGGGAGACCGAAGAAACCAAAACUGAUGAAACCUUUGAAUUUCCAAAUCUCCAAAAGCUAUCCGUCUAUAUCUACUCCCGUCCCGUUUUCUUUAAAUAUUUCUCACAAUCCAAUAUCACACAUCUAUCUCUAUUUUUAAAUAAUCAAUUAGAAUUCGAUCAAUGGAUAGCAAUCAUCAUAGAAUUAAAGUGUCUGGUCACUCUCGAGGAUUUAAUGUAUCAUCGUCAAUCAGAUCGCUAUUUUAUAUACAAACUUAAAUCGAUUAUACUACCAGCAACACUAUCUCGAAUCAUCAUUCCCUCCAACACCGAUGAAGUCUUUAGAGCAAACAACUAUUUGAUUGAUAUUGGAUUUCAAUAUUCCAGAGAUCUUGAUCAUUCAGAUAUCCACAUUAGAAGAAUGUUAAAUAGAUGUAAAUAUAAAGGUGAAAUCACAAUAAACACUUAA